AUGAUUACAGGUAACAAUUAUGUUGAGGCUCCAUUGGAAUUUCGCAAACAAGACAUACACGAAACUUUACAGGAACUUUUGGAUGAUCUAAAACCUAUUGAAUUUGAAUCUUAUCAGGAUUAUUUCUUGAUAAAUACUUUCAAGAAAGGAAUAUCAGAAAGUGGUAAAGUAGAUAUUGAACGUCUGCGAAGUGGUGGCCAUACUGUAUAUUAUCAACGGGUAAAGAGGAAAAGGAAAAGCAAAGGCUCGUCUAAGGAAGAUGAAGAAAUUAGCAAUCCAUCUAGAUCAAGCUCGAAAGCAAGAUCUGCAUCAGAUAAUAAUGGAUCAUCCAGUGAAGAAGAGGAUGACUAUGAUAGCGACUAUGGGAAUGAUAAUAAUAGGAACAAGAAAAAGUCAGGAUCAAAUAUUGACCCCAACACUAAUAUUUCAGAAAGUGGAUCUGCUGAUAGCAACUUUUUCAAUGGAAAUAUCUCAAAAUCAAGUAUUAUACCAGCUCCUGUAAAGGGUAAUGUUAGAAGAUCUUCAAGGCUAAGUCUACAACAGCAACAGCAACUAGAAAAGCAGAAACAAAUACGAAAACAUCAGAAGCAAGGCAGUGAGGAAGAUUUAAAAAAGGAUGAGACUGGGGAUACCAACGACUUUGAGGAAGAAAAAUCUGAUAUAUGUGAUGAUUCAAAUAGCAAGGAACAUAUAAAAGAUUUAUUCGAAACGUUAGUGGAAAAAGUUAUUGAGCCAAAGAGAAGAUCAGACUGGGUUCUACCACCAAGACUAAGAUAUCAACCAGAAAAGCAAAUGAGAACUAAACCUGCUUUUGACUCUGUUAAAAUAAAUGAAGUAAUGGCUAACAAGAGUAUACGGCAUAUCUUGAGCCGUUUUGAAGGCGGUGUUGCAGGAGUCCGGAAACGUGAAUGGCCCGAAGAGAAGUAA